UCCAUUGGCUCUUCGACGGCCCUGCUUUGCAUACGCCCGCCCUCUGGCUGCCAGGGUUUGCUGGGGCUCAGUAGGGUUUUGCAGCCGCCAGGCUACGGUGUUGUAGUGCGGGGCGGGAGCUCUGUGAGCCGCGGCCCGUAUCCCAGAGCAGAGAGCUAGAAGCCAGCCCAGCUGCGGCGGCCGUAUCUGGGGCGAUCUCCGUCUUAUCGACACUGCGGUCGGCGCUCAGAGGCUUCUGCAUUUGUCUGGUCCCAGGGAGAAGCGGGCCAGACACUUUUAUUUUGGAUGAAAGGCGCGGGUCCUGGCGGGAGCUUCCCUCCCGGCCUGGCUCGCGGCUCAGUGCGUCCUAGCUCUGGCACCGACUCCAGAAGAUGACUUCAGGGUCCGCCGUGUAUCUUCCAGUGGCGACGGCUCCCGGAGGCAGGCGAAAGUAGUGACACUUGCUGGCAACGCCAGGUGGGAAAGUGAGCCUAGGCGACGAAGAGCCCCGCUGAUCCCGCGGAGCCCGGUGCCCACAGCUCCUUGCCUUUCCUUCCCCUGGGCUCCCCGGCGGCUGCAGCAUGAAGUGGCGCAGCGAUGGCCAGAAGAGGUAAGAAGCCGGUGGUGCGAACGCUGGAAGAUCUGACGCUGGACUCGGGUUAUGGUGGCGCGGCGGACUCUGUGCGCUCCUCCAACUUGUCUCUGUGCUGUUCUGACUCGUACCCGGCGUCCCCGUAUGGCGGGAGCUGCUGGCCGCCUCUAGCUGACUCCAUGCACAGCCGGCACAACAGCUUUGACACUGUCAACACUGCCCUGGUGGAAGACUCCGAGGGGCUGGACUGCGCUGGUCAGCACUGCUCGCGGCUGCUGCCGGACCUCGACGAGGUCCCCUGGACCCUCCAGGAACUGGAGUUGCUGCUGCUGCGCUCGCGGGAUCCCAGGGCAGGCCCUGCGGCCCCCGGCAGCCUGCCCAAGGACGCACUGGCCAAGCUCUCGAUGCUGGUAAGCCGGGCUUUGGUGCGCAUCGCUAAAGAGGCGCAGCGCCUGAGCCUGCGCUUCGCCAAGUGCACCAAGUACGAGAUCCAGAGUGCCAUGGAGAUCGUGCUGUCCUGGGGCCUGGCGGCUCACUGCACCGCUGCCGCGUUGGCCGCGCUGUCCCUCUAUAACAUGAGCAGCGCUGGCGGCGACCGCUUGGGCCGUGGCAAGUCGGCGCGCUGCGGCCUCACCUUCUCCGUGGGCCGCGUGUACCGCUGGAUGGUAGACAGCCGCGUGGCGCUGCGCAUCCACGAGCAUGCCGCCAUCUACCUGACCGCCUGUAUGGAGAGCCUCUUCCGGGAUAUUUACACGCGGGUGUUGGCCUCCGGGCUACCCCGUAGCUGUAGCGGUCCCGGUCCUGGCUCCAGCUCGAGUUCUGGCCCAGGCCCCGGCUCAGGCCCUGGUGCCCCUGGCGCGGAUAAGGAGCGCGAGACGCCGGGAGGAGGGGCGGCGAGCGGUGGCCCAUGCAGCGCAGCAAGCAGCGCCAGCGGAGGCAGUAGCUGUUGCGCCCCGCCAGCCACGGCUGCGACCGCGGUCCCGCCAGCCGCAGCCGCCGCUGUCGCUGCCAACCACCACCACCACCACCAUACACUUCACGAAGCGCCCAAAUUCACCUUGGAGACCCUGGAGCACACAGUCAACAACGACUCGGAAAUCUGGGGGCUUUUGCAGCCCUACCAGCACCUCAUCUGUGGGAAGAACGCCAGUGGUGUGCUGAGCCUGCCAGAGAGCCUGAACCUGCACCGAGACCCACAGCGGCCCAGCAAGCCAGGAGAGCUGCCCAUGUUCAGCCAGUCGGAGCUGAGGACCAUCGAGCAGUCCCUGCUGGCCACUCGGGUGGGCAGCAUCGCUGAGCUCAGUGACCUGGUGUCCCGGGCGAUGCACCAUCUGCAGCCCCUCAAUGCGAAACACCAUGGCAACGGCACGCCCCUGCACCACAAGCAGGGGGCGCUCUACUGGGAGCCAGAGGCCCUGUACACUCUCUGCUACUUCAUGCACUGCCCACAAAUGGAAUGGGAAAAUCCCAACGUGGAACCCUCCAAGGUCAACCUCCAGGUGGAAAGGCCCUUCCUCGUGCUGCCCCCUCUGAUGGAGUGGAUCCGAGUGGCCGUGGCGCACGCCGGCCACCGCCGCAGCUUUUCUAUGGACAGCGACGAUGUCCGCCAAGCGGCCCGGCUUCUGCUGCCCGGCGUGGACUGCGAGCCGCGCCAGCUCAAGGCAGACGACUGCUUUUGUGCUUCUCGGAAGCUGGACGCAGUGGCCAUUGAAGCCAAGUUCAAGCAGGACUUGGGCUUCCGGAUGCUGAACUGUGGGCGGACCGACCUGGUGAAGCAGGCAGUGUCUCUGCUGGGGCCUGAUGGAAUCAACACCAUGAGCGAACAGGGCAUGACCCCCUUGAUGUACGCCUGCGUCCGUGGGGACGAGGCAAUGGUGCAGAUGCUGCUGGAUGCCGGAGCUGACCUGAAUGUGGAGGUUGUCAGUACUCCUCAUAAAUAUCCAUCCGUCCACCCCGAGACCCGCCAUUGGACGGCUCUGACUUUUGCUGUGUUGCAUGGACAUAUUCCUGUAGUUCAGCUCCUUCUGGAUGCCGGAGCCAAAGUGGAAGGCUCGGUGGAACAUAGCGAGGAAAACUAUUCAGAAACUCCCCUCCAGCUCGCAGCAGCUGUGGGAAAUUUUGAGCUGGUUAGUUUGCUGUUGGAGCGUGGUGCGGACCCCCUGAUAGGAACCAUGUACAGGAAUGGAAUUUCUACAACCCCCCAGGGUGAUAUGAACUCUUUCAGCCAGGCCGCAGCCCAUGGACACAGGAAUGUGUUCCGCAAACUGCUCGCUCAGCCAGAGAAGGAGAAGAGCGAUAUCCUGUCCCUGGAAGAGAUUCUGGCUGAGGGGACUGACCUGGCAGAAACAGCCCCGCCCCCUUUGUGCACCAGCCGCAACAGCAAGGCCAAACUGAGGGCCCUGAGGGAGGCCAUGUAUCACAGCGCUGAGCAUGGCUACGUGGAUGUCACAAUUGAUAUCAGGAGUAUAGGCGUCCCGUGGACUCUGCACACAUGGCUGGAGUCACUGCGGAUCGCCUUCCAGCAGCACCGCAGGCCUCUCAUCCAGUGCUUGCUCAAGGAGUUCAAGACCAUUCAAGAGGAGGAGUACACGGAGGAGCUCAUUAGCCAAGGCCUGCCCCUGAUGUUUGAGAUCUUAAAAGCGAGCAAGAACGAAGUGAUCAGCCAGCAGCUGUGUGUCAUCUUCACACACUGCUACGGCCCCUACCCCAUUCCCAAGCUCACGGAGAUCAAGAGGAAGCAGACCUCACGCCUGGAUCCUCAUUUUCUUAACAAUAAAGAAAUGUCUGACGUGACCUUUCUGGUAGAGGGAAGACCCUUCUACGCUCACAAAGUGCUGUUGUUCACAGCCUCUCCCAGGUUCAAGGCCCUCCUCUCCAGCAAGCCAACAAAUGACAGCACUUGCAUAGAAAUCGGCUAUGUGAAGUACCCCAUCUUCCAGCUGGUCAUGCAGUAUCUCUACUAUGGCGGCCCAGAGUCACUUCUCAUUAAAAACAAUGAGAUCAUGGAGCUUCUGUCGGCCGCUAAAUUUUUCCAGCUGGAGGCUCUGCAGCGACACUGCGAGAUUAUCUGUGCUAAAAGCAUCAAUACUGACAACUGUGUGGAUAUCUACAGCCAUGCCAAGUUCCUUGGGGUCACGGAGCUCUCAGCAUACUGUGAAGGCUACUUUCUUAAAAACAUGAUGGUCCUCAUCGAAAAUGAAGCGUUCAAACAGCUCCUGUAUGACAAAAACGGUGAAGGGACGGGCCAGGAUGUGCUUCAAGACUUACAGAGGACGUUGGCCAUUAGGAUUCAAUCCAUCCACCUGUCAUCCUCCAAGGGUUCCGUGGUAUGAAAUGUCCCAUGCAGCAAAUGUUUCCCCGGAGCAAG